AAGAUGAGGAGCCAAGGCGGUUCUCUGGUCCUGCUAGCCCUCUGGGGGACCCUGGGUCUGACCAUCGGUCAGCGGGUCCAGUGUGAGAAAGCCACCGACGACAUCUACCAGUUUAGCUUAAGAGACGUCCACAAGGAGAGGCUGAUCUCCUUGCAAAAAUAUCGAGGCGAUGUCGUAUUAGUGGUCAACGUGGCGACCUUCUGAGGUUUGACCCACCACUAUUACGGCUUGAAUGCACUACAAGACGAAUUCCGUUACGACGGGUUCCACAUCCUGGGUAUACCUUGUAAUCAGUUUGGUAAGCAAGAGCCCGGGGCCAAUGGGACAGAGAUCCUGAACGGGAUAAAGUACGUAAGACCUGGUGGAGGGUUCGAACCCAACUUCCAGCUUUUUGAAAAGAUCGACGUCAACGGUGAACACGAACAUCCACUCUACACCUACCUCAAGGAUCACUGUGGACCAACUCACAAGAAGUUCAAUUCAGACAGGAUUUGGUACUACCCAAUCGGUGUCAGUGAUGUUUGGUGGAAUUUUGAGACCUUCCUCAUCAACCAUGAAGGAAUUCCCAUCCAUCGGUUUAACCCGGUCACUGACCCACGUGACCUCAGAAGCUUUAUCAUAGAUCUUCUCAUCCACAAACAAGCUUCCAAACCUGUUGGGAAGUAAACAUCGCUUCAUCUUAGAAUAUGCAUUACGACUGAAACUGACAUUGUUUUCCGAGAAUUUGCAUGUGGCAUUGCGUCCGUCUUGCUAAGGCAGUGCUCUUGACGGUAACUCCCUGACCAGCCAUCGAGCUGUGGGCGUGACCUGAUUCAUGGGAAGGGCGGCGCUAGGGUUAAAGUGCAUUCGCCCUAAAUCUGUCCUGACCAACCCACUGACUAUACUA